CCAAUAUCGUCGGAUAUCCUCUGACAAUGAAGUGCAAGGUGGAACCUUAGAAUAUAAGGUUUAUCCCUCUACCAGACCUCGUCGCAAAAGGAAUAUUCUGCUUUAUAAUGCCUUGGAUUUACUUUUUCAUCCUCAACCACGUAGUAUCGAAGACAGGGCCACUUCUUCUAUCUUUUUUGCAGUUAGUUUCGAUUCUGAUGGUGUAGGUCCUAAUGACGUAGAAGUAGAUCAUUUUUCAUAUGAUAUUGAUGUACGACAAUAG